AUGGGUUCGUCGCAGGAUGAUCGGAAGCUCGAGAGCGGAACCGCUGCCAAUGCUCCUCAAAGCAAUGUGCUUCAUCCCGCGUUCUACAUCAUAUUGUGGAUUGGGCUGAGUUCGAGCGUCAUCCUGUUUAAUAAAUGGGUUCUUGCGAGUGCCAAAUUCGAUUUCCGUUCUGCCCAUUUCACUUCCACGCUGGACUCGCGACACAAGAUCCCUAUGACACCAAUUAAGUACAUGAAAGCAAUUGUACCAAUUGGUCUCAUGUUCAGUUUGAGUCUGAUUUGUGGCAACCUUGCCUACCUCUAUCUGAGUGUAUCAUUCAUUCAGAUGCUCAAGGCUACCAAUGCUGUCGCCACUCUUCUAGCAACAUGGGCAUUCGGCAUUGCACCGCCCAAUCUGCGCACCCUCGGCAACGUCUUCUUAAUUGUUGUGGGUGUUGUGAUCGCUUCCUUUGGUGAGAUCAAGUUCGAUGUUUUCGGGUUUCUCAUCCAAAUCGGUGGAAUCAUCUUCGAGGCCCUACGUCUAGUCAUGGUCCAGCGUCUUCAGCUCUGCCGAAUUUAA